AUGGACGCCGCUGCUGGCACUGCUCUAUAUCCUCUGCAUCGAUGCAAAACCAUAUACCUGGUGAGGCAUGCCCAGGGUGUUCAUAAUGUGGAAGGCCACAAGGAUGUUAGGGCAUACCUGUCACCUGCGCUGCUUGAUGCCCAACUAACCCCUCUGGGCUGGAGCCAAGUUGAUUGCCUUCGAGAGCAUGUGACAAAAUGUGGACUAGCAAAAAAGAUUGAGUUGGUUAUUACUUCGCCUUUAUUGAGGACUAUGCAAACUGCAGUAGGGGUCUUUGGUGGUGGGAGCUAUACUGAUGGAGUAAGUGGAUCGCCGUUGAUGGUAGAAGGUGCUGGACACAGUGGACGUCAGGCAAUUUCAAGUUUAAACUGCCCACCAUUUCUUGCACUUGAGGCCUGCAGGGAGCGCUUGGGUGUUAAUCCCUGUGACAAGAGGAGCAGCAUAACAAAAUGCCGCACUCUCUUUCCCGCCAUCGAUUUUUCCUUGAUAGAGAAUGAUGAAGAUGUGCUCUGGGAACCAGAUGUCAGAGAAACACGUGAGUCUCUUGCUGCUAGGGGCAUGAAGUUCAUUGAUUGGUUAUGGACAAGAGAAGAGAAGGAGAUAGCCAUUGUUAGCCAUUGGGGUUUCUUACGUCACACCUUAAACAUGUACGGUAAAGAGUGUCAUCCAACCGUAAGAGAGGAACUGACCAAGCAGUUUGCCAACUGUGAGCUCCGGUCGAUGGUGUUGGUCGACCGAAGGAUGCUUGGAUCCGAUACCCGUACUUGCAAUUUCCCUGGGAUGGACGUUGACGAAGCUAGCAAGAACUGAGCUCGUUGAGAGCACAUGGAUGUCUUCUCUUAUUAAACCCCAGUUCUGGCUGACAAUUACUGUAUAUAAAAUAACAAGCCAAUCAAAUACUACGAGAGAGAAAUAAAAUGCCAAGUAAGCAUGCUGUUUGUCUUGUCGAUCUCAGGGUAAAGUUGAU